UGAAGCCAUGUCACAGGAAAAGAAAGCAGGACUGUUAAAGAGGAGUUCAUCCUCUAAAAAGCCCCUCAAAGAGAAGGUGGUACUGAUGUACGACGAGAUAUUUACAAAAGACGACCCAGCUAAGGCUAACCCUCGCUUCUGGGACGAGCUCUUCCUAAUGAAGGUGAAUCUGGAGUAUCUGGAAGCCAAGCUGGAGUCAGUGGACGGAGACGAAGUGAUGGUGAUAAAGGACAACAUUAACAAUCUGUUCCACCAUUGUGUUCAGACCCUGGAGGAAGAGCACCAGAUCAAGGUGGUCAAUGCCCUGCAGACUCUCUGCGCUCUCUUCAGAGGUGUGCAUCAGAAGAACAAAUCAGCCACGGGCUUCGAUAUCAUCAACAUGUUGGUGGGAUUCGACAAAGCCGAGCUCAGGAUGAAGGACCUCAUGGAAAGCUUGGACAGCCUGCUCCGUGGAGAUGGCUCUGAUAGCCUGAAGAGCUUGUGCUUGAAGCUCCUUCUGUGUCUGGUCACCGUCACAGACAAUAUCAGCCAAAAUACUUUACUGGAAUAUGUCAUGAUCAACAGCAUAUUUGAGGCCAUUUUGCAAAUCCUGUCUGACAUUUCCAGUCGAGCGCAGCAUGGCUACGAUGCCGUGGUCCUUCUUGCGUUAUUGGUGAACUAUCGCAAGUAUGAAUCUGUGAACCCUUACAUUGUAAAGUUAUCCAUCAUGGAUGACGAAUCGACUCUUGCCGGGAUGGGAAUGGUUAUCCACCAGGCUCUUGCGGAAUACAACCGGCAGUACAAAGACAAAGAGGAGGACAACCACACCGGCUUCUUUUCCACCUUAACCAACAUGGUCGGCAGCAUGUUCAUCGCCGACGCCGAAGAGAAGCUGUCGGUCCAGACGAACGAAGCCAUUCUGCUCGCUCUGUACGAGGCGGUCCAUCUUAACAGAAACUUCAUCACCGUUCUCGCACAGAGUCACCCCGAGAUCGACAUGGCGGCGACACCGGUCACUCCCACGCCGACUACGCCUACCACGCCGCUUGGAACCACCCCUCCUUCUUUGGACAUGAUGCACAAUGCCGAGCUGCCACUCGAUCCCAAUCUGCAGACGAGCAACCUGCUGAUCACCUUCUUAAAAUAUUCGUCCAUCGUCAUGCAAGACACCAAGGAUGAACACAGGCUCAACAGCGCCCGGUUGUGCCUGAUCAUUCUGACCUGUAUAGCCGAGGACCAGUAUGCGGGUGCCUUUCUUCACGACGACAACAUGAACUUCAGGGUAAACCUGCACAGAAUGCCGAUGAGACACAGGAAGAAAGCCGCAGACAAAAACAACCCGUCUCGACCUCUGGCCUGUGCCGUGUUGGAUUUGAUGGUCGAGUUCAUCGUCACUCACAUGAUGAAGGACUUCCCGAUGGAUCUUUACAUGCGAUGCGUUCAGAUCAUUCACAAGCUAAUCUGCUAUCAGAAGAAGUGCAGAAUCAGACUGCACUACACCUGGCGGGAACUCUGGUCGGCACUAAUUAACUUGUUAAAAUUCUUGCUCUCGAAUGAGACGUCCUUGUUGGCCAAGCACAAUAUUUUCCCCCUGGCCCUGCAGGUUGUUUACCUCUUCAACAUGUUCAUAACGUACGGGGACACGUUCCUGCCCACCCCGAGUAGUUACGACGAGCUGUAUUACGAGAUCAUUCGCAUGCACCAGGUCUUCGACAACCUUUAUUGCAUGGUGCUCAGGGUUUCCACCAACGUGGGCCAGUGGAAGGAGCCUGCCAGCAAAGUCACUCAUGCUCUGGUGAACGUCAGAGCCAUCAUCAGUCACUUCAACCCCAAGAUCGAGUCUUACGCUGCCGUGAACCACAUCUCCCAACUUUCAGAGGAUCAGGUGCUGGAGGUGGUCCGAUCCAACUACGACACACUGACUCUGAAGCUGCAGGAUGGUCUGGACCAGUUCGAGCGCUAUUCGGAGCAGCCUAAAGAGACGGCGUUCUUUAAGGAGUUGGUGCGCUCGAUCAGUCUGAACGUCAGGAAGAACGUGUCGCUCAACACUCUGAGUCAGGAUGUUCUUUUAAAGGAGUUCUCCUCCAUAUCCUAAACCAGCUAAUCACCACAGGGACAAAAAUAGCAAAACUGUUGGAAAUGCAGAUCGUUUCAUUUGCUGUGAAUGCUUUCUGACAAAACAAACCAGGCUGUGUGUUUGGAAAUAUGUUACUCGUACUAACGUUCUUCAGUCGUUUCUGUGUUAAUGAAGCGUUUAUUGCUUUUCUAAUUUUCUAAUCUGACACAAAUGAGAUUAACAGGUUCUUGAUCUUUAUUUCCUGGGUUUUGCUGGACAAGUCGAUUUUAUCUGGGUGUAGAAAAUAUGACCAGCUAGAGCGUCUUGAAUUGCAGUACAGCGUGUUUAAGUGAACUUGAGUUAUGAUGGAUCGGUAGUUCGGCUCUGCAGUGUUGUCUUUUAAAUUGUGAUUUUGAAAUGUUGCCUUUGACCCCAAACAUCUACGUACGUACAUCAAUGUAUCUGCCACGUUCGACGAGUGAUACAGCUACCUUGUGCUUACACUUUUGAUCAUUUUAUCAGAUAGACCUGCCCUUUAGGUCCACUCGGUCAGUACACAGUACUGAUUGUAUCUCAUCUGCUGUAUAUCUCUCUUAUCCAUCAACCUUCAUCCAUAGGCAAUUGCUGAUGACUGUUUUUUGGUAAUUUAUUGGAAUGGUACCAUGUGAGUGUCACAGAUGUGUGUAGAAUGGCCCACCUAACAUCAACACAUCAUAUAUACUUAUACUUACAUCUUAAGCCCAGUGGUGUUCAUUAGAAGACAUAAAAAGCCACACUGGAGGCUGCAGGUCUACGCUUUAUUUAACUCAUCAUUUGUUUGAAGACCAAGUCCAACUUAUUAUUAUGCAAAUGUGUUUGAUGACGCUCUGGUUAGUAUAAAAAUCUGCAGCCUUUAUGACUCUUAGUGGAUGAGGAAGAACACCAUGGCUCUAGUCCUUUGCUAUGGUGUCAGAUUUUCACCACAGGAUCCAUUUGUUUGGAGGCUUUUGGGUGGCUGUUUCUCUCAAACCUGGACCCUGAGGUGCUGCCUUAAGUCAUAUACAGGCACCGAACUACCAUGAUAACCUGUCAGUGGGAAUGGGCGACUGCAAAAUAAUAACACUUUACUGGUGGUCCUCCGACUUGGACAUCGCAACAUAGCAACAAAUUGACCAUAGAGACAUACGAGGUUCACCUGUGUGAGGAGAUGACUGAAAAAUAAGUGAUGUUUAUAAAUGUAAAACCACAGCAGAAGUGGCUGGACUUGGUCAUUAAGCACUUCAUACAAAAUCUGCACAGCCUGGGCCUCAACAUUCUGAUCUUCCUCCAUAAUUAAGAGCAAACUUACGAUUUAAAUAAGUCUUUUUGCCAAGGUCUCAAAACAACCAGCAGCAUUGAUUUUAAAGCUGUAGUGCAAGAAAAAUCAACCCCAUGUCUUCCACUUGUCCAUAAAGAAACUUGUUUAAAAGAUCUGGUUUAAAGCAGGUUUUCACAUUGCACUCGUCAAUAUAAAUCUCGCUUGAUUAUAAACAGUGACGUUUAUGUUCACAGAAAAAGAAGCAUUACAAAAAUCUACCAUGACCUUAACGUGUAUUUAAACAUUUGGCUUUAACUGCAUGUUCUUCCCAGUGGUUGAUUGUAUCUGGGUGUUGAGCAAGUCUACACAUCACAUGAGCAUCCCAUCCUGAAUCAGUGUAUUAGCGAAUGGAUUUGAUUAUUUAAAUCAUUGUAGUUUUUGACUGAUUGACAUAUUUUCAGUGUUUCAGUGUCGGGCUUCUCUGAGAGAUUCGGCUGAUAUUUGUGCAUCUGUACAAAUACAUACGCCUGCCAGAUGAAAUCAUGUGUUCUGUUUAAUCGAGACGUGUGUAGUGAUGAACUCUUACUGCCACACAGUAUUUGCUUUAGUUUUUCAUGUUUCCGUACAUAUUGAGUACACUUCAUUUCCAUUGUUGGGACAGUUUGACAUACAGAAUACAUCUUUAAAAAAAUAUAAAAAAUAAAAAAUGAUCCA